AUGCCCUACCAGAACCAUGGCUGCCAACCUGGCACCCAGCCCGCACCUUCCCUCCCACAUCUGCACGCCUUCCUCUGCGCCUGGUACGGCAGCCCGCGCUUCAGGGCCUGGGUCCUGUCCUGGUGCCCACCUGGCCUAGCAGACGGCCACGGGGAGCCAGCCAGCCUCAUGCCCUCCGCACCGGACGCUGCGCACAGAUACGCCAUAAAGGUUGCCUUUCACAUCCAGCCAUUCAAAGGGUGCGAUGACCACACUGUGCAUGAGAAUAUCAAAUACAUCACGGGCAAGUAGAUACAGUCACAUGCAGCUCUCUGUAAGUACAAGACCAGCACUGGAAGUUUCCCACUGUUUUAUAGCUAUAAUUCCUACUUGACACUGGCUAAAUCCUGGGCCAACCUUCCCAUGCCAUCAGGCUCCCACUCUCUCCGCAGCACCGCGUACGACGCUGUGUUCGUAGCGCUGCUGGCGGAGGAGAGACACAAGCACAAUACCCUCUCCGCAGGGUACGAUGGCAUGUACACGUACUAUGCAUCCAACGGUUUCUCUUUUGGCUCAUCCCACCAGAACUGGAAAGCAAUCGAAACUUUCUGCGACUCCAACAACCCAAUGUUCAUCCCUAGCGCUGGCCCACACUACAUCGACACCUGGAGCAUUCGCCCCUGGAACAACCCAACACGCGGAACAGUCAACGGGAAGUACUACGAAACGGCUCUGCAGGCUGCUCUCAUGGUCAGGCCGGAGAUCGUCUCCAUCGCAUCCUUCAGCGAAUGGCACGAAGGCACCCAGAUCGAGAAAGCUGUACCCGAGAAGACGCCGACACACCUUUAUCCGGAGGACUUUCUUCAUCAGCCGAGCAUGAGCCUGGAGCUGACUCGCAGGUGGGCAGAACGUUUCAGCAAAGAGCAGCCCCUGAUAUGACUUCAGAAUUUGCCCUACUUGGAAAAACACCCUGCUGACAAAGCUGCGGCACAGAGAAGUGCUUCAGAAAAGCAGCACUUGAGAUACAGCCACAGAACCGUCAGCCUAACCAGGCCACUGAACACGAGCAGCCAUCUGCAAGUAUCCCAAGUUAUCCUCAAUUUAU